AUUGCCUUGGUUAAAUAUUCAUCCAUCUACAGGUAUCGAUAUUUAUUAACGUAUACGGCUUUUGAUGGUGCAGAUUUGCUGCAAGCUUUGACAGACUUUGUUGCCAAGUGUUAAGUUAUAACUGUCCUUUUCUUGAAGUUGGAUUUAAAGGCGGUGUGAAGAGUUCUCGACGGUGCCAUUUGAUUGGAGUUUACCAAGUGUUCUGAUUUGAGCUGCACGUCAGUGAGUGCAAUGUAUACCAUGGUGAGGGAUACUACCAGUUGAGGGACUGGCCGCGCCAUCUUUGAGAGUUUGUGAAACUGUUGGCAACAAUACCAAUGUGAAGCGCUCGUGAAGGAAAUAAGGAUACAAGUAUCGUCCAUCGGAUAUUCACUGAGUACUGCUACACCUGGAAGAUGCUUACUUUGGUGUCUCAGCCCCUCCUCAACACAUGUCAGAUUGACAAUACGUCACUGACGAUGUAGAUAUUACUCAUGGGGAGUCUCAAGAUGACAACAACGCAGCGGCGUAAAGUCGAGUCAAUCCCACGAUCCAAAACGAUGUCUGUAAACGUGCGUCGGCUCCACGAGGCCCUGAAUGUGCAUCUUGAUCAACAGGAAGUCAGCACCUUCGUCGAUGCCCUAAAUCUGUACAACAACCAACGAGAUGUUUUCGAAUUUGUCAAUACAUUACGAAAACUACUUAACUCACCCCAGAAACGACAGUUAUUCCCCCUUGUUAAACGUGUCAUUCCACGGUCUGAUAUCCAGGCUUUUGAGUUACUAACAAAGGGAGGUAAACGCUACAGUACUCUCCCUCGUCCUGUUCUCUAUCGGCCCCAUGCAGCCGACAUCGCUGUGUACAAGAAACAACAUACCGGUAGCAGAACUCCGAGUCUUCAUGGGAGUCUCCGAGAUCGGCCUCGACAUGCAAUAUCCAAGGUCAAUGGCCUUGGACCACUCUCUAAAUCUGAAGUUAAGGGUGAAGCAUUACAGAUCUACAUCGGCCCACCAGCAGAUGAGGAAGAUGGUUUCGGGUUCACAAUACGAGGUGGUGUAGAAUACGGCCUUGGGAUCUACGUAUCGGCCGUAGAUGAGGAUGGGCCUGCGGACAAUGAGGGUCUCAAGGCGGGGGACCUCAUUACGGAAGCCAAUGACAUUUCAUUUGAGAAGAUCUCACACGAGGAGGCUGCGAAGAUUAUCCGUGCAGCGAAGCAUUUGGAGCUGUGUAUCUGCCGUGUGGGUAGGAUCCCUGGCACCCAUGUGGUACACCAGGCCUACAGCUGGGUGGAUCCCCGGGGCAGGGCAGUGUCCCCGCCCCCGGAGCUGGAGCACAUGGGCCCCCAUCAGGAGGUGGGCAGUCUGCGGAGUAGGAGUGGGUUGAUGCUGCUGAAGGGGAGUGAUGAACGGAAGGUGAACGUAGUUGUUGACAAGGGUGAGUGUCUGGGGCUGAUGAUCCGUGGGGGCCGUGAGUUCGGUCUCGGUGUCUACGUGUCCGGCAUCGACCCCUUCUCUGUGGCAGAGAAUGCAGGCAUUAAGGUGGGGGAUCAGGUGCUGGACGUCAAUGGCCGCAGUUUUCUGGACAUCAGUCACUCGGAGGCUGUGAGCAUCUUGAAGACUGGACGCCACAUGAUGAUUACAGUCAAGGAUGUUGGGAAGCUGCCAUUUGCUAAAACAACCAUUGACAAGACACAGUGGUUGCCACGUGACAGACUCCCCAAUCAGACAGGAUCAAUUAAUGCAAGGUUGUCGUCCAGCAUGGGCAGCUUGGACAAAGUGGGGCUACAGAACCACCAGGACGGACACUCCCGGUUUGGCUUCAGCAAGGGAGCAGGGUCACAGCUGAUGCGGAAUACGACGACGUCCUGGCCUCAGAAAGAUGUCAUCGAACAACAUGCAAGGAUCCUGCUCAAUAGCAAAGAGCAGACAACUCUGCGGUACUAUCUGAGUGAACAUCAGAAGGGUACCAUCCAGACAGAUGGCCUGGUGUUUGCUCUGUUUGAACUUCUCAACACACAGGCCAAGUUUACUCUAUUGACUGAAAUUCGUCCCUUGAUCAACCUCCGAGACUUGUCACGAUUUGACCGACUGGUCCGCAAGAAAGAAGCGCAGAUGAUCCGGGACAACGACGACUGUGCUAUGAUCCCCGACACCUUCUCCAUGUUGUCCUUCGAGAGCACAGAGGCUUACAUAGAGGACCGCUACAAGAGGACGCUGUUCUCAUCAGAGAAAUCAGAACGGCGGCAGUCAGUGACGACGAUGGAACCCAUGAUGCUGCAUCCGCCCCUGGAUCACUUCGACAGAGAUGUGUCCCCACAGAGACACGAGGAGUCCCUGCGAGAUGCUCUGGAACAGCUGCAUGGAGAGAACGGACAUCCCGAAGAGGACAACCUCAGCUUUCAAAGUCAUUCAGAUUCCCAUGGCCCCUACCUUCACACGCCAAGGGCAACCAUCCACAGGUCAAGGUCAAGGUCAAAAUCUCCAAGGCCUUCUGUGAGGUCAUUGAACAUGGAACCAGUUCCUUCAACCUCAAAAGCAUCUCAGCAAGAGCACAUCGUCACAGCACAAGUUCAUCAUCCAAUCAGACUUGCAUCUCAGAUGUAUCUUCCUCCUGUUAAACACAAGGGAGAGGACAAUCCAAGUGAUGACAGCGGGGUUGAGAUUCAUGCACAUUUAAACAGUCUUCCAGUAAACAGUACCGACAGGCAUCAUGGAAUGGAAAUCAGAAAAAGGGUGACAAUUUCAUCAGCCGCACCUGUUGACAUCAACACGACGAUGCUACCAAGCAACGGUCACCUGGGCGAUGGAUACGUUGACACAAAGAUGUCACCAAAGCCAGCCCCUAGAAAGUCAAAAGAGGAAUCAAUGAAGGCCAAGUACAGGGAGGUGUACGGCGACAUUCCACUCCACCUGGUGAACCUGUACAGAACUAAACCCACCCUGGGCCUUGCUAUUGAAGGUGGGGCCAAUACCAGACAACCCCUUCCACGGGUCAUCAAUGUACAGCCUGGGGGAUCAGCAUUUGAGUCCGGUGGUUUGAAGGUCGGUCAUGUGAUUCUUGAGGUCAAUGGUCAGACGAUGGUUGGGCUGGGACACACAGACGUAGCCAGGGCCAUUGCUGAGGCCUUCAAGAACAAGCAGGCAAACAAGAUGGAGUUGCUGGUCACGGAAACGGGGGUGGAGGUGAAGGGUGUAGAUGCUGCGAGUGGGACAGAUGAAAAGGAUUCUGGAAAAUUGUAGCCAGGGAGAUGCCCUUGGACUGAUGGAUGUUGAAAUAUGCUGCUGGUGACAUCUUUGUGCUGAUGGCGUGUUGACAGUUGGCUGUUGUAACCACCUGACCAGGUGUUAGUGUCCUUGUCUUGAGUUACUAUAACUCUGGUAGGUGGAUAUUUGAUACACAUGCUUCAGGCAUCUGCAUUAGUGAAUCAAGAUUCUGGCCAACAGAUUCUAUGUCUUGCAUCCAAGUCAUGAUCUACUCAUGGUGUCAGAUCAAAAAGUCUGAAAAAUGGAAGUACAUCCACUACACCUCCAGGGACCCUGUUUGGACCUACUGUUGAGCAGGGAUAUACCCAGACUGAUAUAUCUGGGACUGCAGUCAUGAAGAGACAUGUUGUGGGAGAUUCUUUAGCAAAUGGUUUAUGGUGGAUGGGCAUUAUGUAACCACUACCUUCUUGAUUCUACACUACCUGAUAAGUGAUGGGAUUUACAGACAGAAGUAGCCAGAGCUGAAGUAGUUUUACAACUUACAAAUGCUUCACAAAGAAGUUUACAAGAGAUGAUGAUAAUGAUGAAUGAUGAUGAUGAUGAUGAUGAUGAUGUGCGUAUUGAGACACUGGUGUUUAAAAUGCUGCUUUGCAGAGGUAUCAACGAAUCUACUUUUUCAUAAGCUGAAGGAUGAGAUACAAAAGAACUCAUGAUGAAUAGACAGAUCAGUACUGAUGAAGAUCAUGGAAUGUUAAAUGUUUGCCAAACGUGUCAGUGAUUUGUUGAGGUGUUUCCUGUGCUCAGUUCAUGUCAUAAUGUGACACACUGUAGUAGAUGUGGAAGACUCGUGUAUUUAGGAUGUUGAUAAGUGAGACCAAGGCAAGAUCAGAGUUGGGGAUCUCUCAAUGCCAUCAAACACAGGAUCUUCUUUGGAGGCAAUUGUCAACAACAUCCUGUAGAUCUUGCUGUUUCCAGCCUGAUGAAGGAUUAGAUGUGUAGUUCCUAUCCAGGGGGAAUCCAGAUUAGAACUGGUCCCCAGCUGUCAGUGCCGGUAGCAAGAGGUGACCUAUUGGACAAGGUGGUCAUUCUAUGUGACUUGGUUGCUUGGCAUGAAUCAUUCAUCACAAUAAUCAUCAGUGGAUUGUGUGGUCCAGACUUGAUAGUCCACAGAUUGCCGUCAUAUAGUGGGAAGUUCACUGUAAAUGACAAACAUAGACCUUACUUGUACAGUGUUCAUAGUAAUGCAUACAUCAGUUUUGAUGUUCCAGACAAGGUGAAGGAACCAUAUUAUGGUCAAGAUCAUAUAUCAUGGAAGUGUAAUGUCUUUAGUUAAUCUUGUUUCUCUUGAUGUUCAUGUCGAGAUGACCAUGAUUUUGUAUUUGUAUGAAAGAUUAGUAGAGCUCCUUAAACAUGACUUUGUGACUUUUGUCUAAGUCCUGCAGGCUAGCUAUUCUCGAAACGUUUGUAGCCCUACGAACUUCUUUAGCCCAUUCUUAAUACAUUGGCUACGAUCAAAGUUAAGAAUUUUUAGGGCUACGAACGUUUCGAGAAUAAGGGCCAAGAUCUGUUGUAUCAAUUUCCAUAGAUCAUCAUGUUUCCAUUGAACAUGCUCACUGUACACAUCUGAAAGGCUGCGUAGUCCUAGAAAUAUAGUAUCAAUAUUGAUA